AUGAAAUAUUUAUCCAAUGAUUCAAUCUGUCCAUUAGCGAAUUCAACACUUGAUCGUGAUAAACUACCAAAUUUACGAUGUUUUUCGCUUCAUUGUGAUAGUAUUAUAAAUGAUUUUGAACAAUUAAUUUUAACACUUAAAUAUCGAAUGUCGAAUUUGGAAAAGCUUGAAUUGAAUGUAAAUAUUUCUAUGACAACAACAAUUCUCGAUGGAAAUUAUCUCAAGACAAAUAUUCUAAAUCAUAUGAUACAAUUAGAUAAAUUUACAUUUAAUAUUCAUUCAUGGUUUGGUCUUCGUAAUCAAAUUUAUUUUCCAUCAAAUGAAAAUAUUCAACAUGCAUUUAAUAAUUUUAAAAAUAAAAAGAUUAUUUCUUGUAUCGAUUAUUAUCUAAAAAACGAAUAUGAAUCAAACAAAGAUAAUCAAGAUUUGCCCAUCAUUAAAUAUCCUCAUGUUACUGAUCUUACACUUAAUUUAGUUAAUGAUGAUUAUGUUGAACAAUUUCUACUGGAUACAAGAACAUGUUUACCAAAUACUCUUGAGCUUAUUAUUGGUUAUGAACAAUUAAAAAGAGUAACACACAAUUUUACAAGAAAUACAACACGAAUUAAUUGUGCCAAACUAAGUUCUUUAUGCGUGCUUUCUGAUAAAAUUCCUAAAUAUGUCAAAGAUUAUUUUCCUCAUACAAAAAUGUACUAA